AUGGGUUACUUCUUCUGCAAUGCCGAGUCCGCCGCCGCGAUUUGCGACUCCCACAGCUUCAGAAAACCCAAACCCAACAAGCCCAUCUCGAUCAGGGAGUUCCCCUACGACGACCUCGCCGCCGCCACCAAUGGGUUCUCCGCCGAUAGCUUCCUGGGCAAAGGAAGCCACGGCAGCGUUUACAAGGCUGUUCUCGACGGCGGGAAGCUUGUCGCGGCGGUCAAGAGGACGAAAUACCCGAAGCAAACGACGUCGUUGGGGAAGCGUAACUGUACCACGUGCGUCGCGGCGGAGAACGAGAUCGAGAUUCUAUCCCGUGUCCGACACCCCAGGCUCGUGAACCUCAUCGGGUUCUGUCCCGACUCGAACGACGGCAAACUCAUUGUCGUCGAGUACAUGCCCAACGGCACCUUGUACGACAUGUUGCAUUCCCGGACCAGACCGCCCGGUUGGACGCGCCGAGUGCGGCUGAGCUUACACGUGGCGAAGGCGGUCCUGGGGCUGCACUCGUCUAACCCGCCGGUGAUCCAUAGGGACAUAAAGUCGUCGAAUGUUUUGAUCGACGGGGAUUGGAAAGCGAGGCUGGGAGACUUGGGGUUGGCUUUGAGAGGACACGUGGAGGACGUUCGCGUGAGGUGUACGCCACCGGCGGGGACGUUAGGGUACCUCGACCCGGGCUAUCUUGCGCCGGGGGACCUAACCGCCAAGAGUGACGUGUUCAGCUUCGGGAUUUUGCUCUUGGAAAUCGUGAGCGGAAGAAACGCGAUUGAUGUGAACUACAGUCCGCCGUCGGUUAUAGACUGGGCCCUACCGUUGAUAAAGCACGGCGAGUACGCCGCCUUAUGCGACCAGAGAAUCGGCCCGCCGGCGGACCCCGCUGUGAUCCGCCAGCUCGCGGUUUUGGCGGCGAGGUGCGUGAGGUCGACGGCGGAGAAGCGGCCGUCGAUGGCGGAGGUGGUGGAGUGUUUGAAAGGUGUGAGUAAGAGAGUUCACGCGCCGAUUUGGUAUGGGUUGACGCGGCGCGUGGAGAGGGAGGAGAAGGAGAAUGAUACGGAGGAGGUGGUGAGGAGCACGAGGGGGAGUAGGAGGAAGUUGAAUAGGAAGGUAUCGAGUGUGUUGGGUGCAGAGUACGAGGGUGAGGACGAGGCGAUGAUUGGAGAGCGGGUGAUGAGGUCAAGGUCGAUUGGGUCUGUCAACGAGAUUAAAUCGGGGAGCGGGGGUGGGGUGCGGAAGGGUGCCGGGUUUGCGGUGAAGGUGAGGCUGAGCAAGUCGAGGUCGGUUGGGGGAGUAUUGGGUAGUCCGAGGAUGGUGCGGCGGAACAAAAGAGGGUUUUUGAUUGAGUCCGUGAGAUUGGACAUGUCUAAAUUGGUCAUUAGUUUGGACGGUGAGAGAUGUGAUAGGGAAAUGCUCGAGAAACCUCUGGUUUCUAUCUAACACGUACGGGGGGCUUCGGAUUGCUUCUGUUGGGAAUGAGAAUGUUUUCCACACGAAUUGUUUGGAAUGUGGUAUGAUUUUUUGAUUUAGUUUGGUAAACAUUAUACUUUCUAUAUUUUUGUAUGGCAAAUGUAGAACUUGAAUCAAACCUG